UUCAAACAAGCACAGAAACUACCUCAUUCACAACCCAAGCUGCGACCACGACCCAGGAUCCCACCCUAUGUCCUUACCUACACUUCACCAACGCUACAGUAAACACGCGCUUUAGGAUGGUGGGCACGGUGGCCAUUGUGACAUGUGUCCAGGGGUUCCUCUUCCCUGACUUCACUCUCGAGAAGACAUUAACUUGUGGGGCUAGUCGGCAGUGGGAGCCACCUGCAGUUGACUGCCAACGCUACUGCCCCCCUAUCGCCGCCGACCACACCAUACCCAGAGUGAACUACACCGAUCCUGGGGUCAGGGUUAGCUUCCAAUGUGAGAUCUACCAUACAUUUCCCAACGUCUCUCUAAGACAUGAUAUAACAUGUGGGUAUGACGGGACAUGGAAUGAUACGGUUCCUGCUUGUGCUGAAAUCACCAACUGCCCUGUCUUACCGAACAUCACCAACGCUGUUCCUGUCUCUGACAACACUUCCGUUGGUGUCACUGUUCAAUACCAAUGUCUGAAUAACAUGACAUUUGCUGAUGAUCGACCCACGCGAUCCACCUCUUGUGGCAGAGAUGGGAAAUGGCAUCCGAAACUGGUGGUUGGUUGCUCUGGGGAAUCGUUCAGGUUUGUGCCUCGAUCCAGGAAGCACGCCAUAGACCCUGUGGAGGCGCCCGGGGCCCCGGCUAUAGGAUCUUUGGGAAUUAUAUUCGUGGUGACUUUGCUCGUGGGGAUCGUCCUUUUGGAUACUACGACGCUAUUCAAACAAUUACGUUUGAUGAAACGAAACCUUAGUCGAUUUUUGAUUAAAAAGAGAUAAGCAAAACGAACCAUUUAAAACAGUGUUGGUUAAAAGCAUGUAGUUAUUGAGUAGGAAAAAAAUUUUUUGAAAAAAAGAAAAGAGAAUAUAAUCAGGUUUUGGCACUUGAAUGUUAACACCGGAUUCCCUUGUAUAAUGGCAUU